GCGUCUCGUUUGUUUUUGGCCCGUAGGUCACUUUCCCAUCUCAGUGCGCUCCCAAGCUCAGUAGUGCUGUAGAUCCCGGUAAUCCACUAUCAGUAUGGCUCAGGCAGCUCAGAAACUCGUCAAAGCGGUCGCCACGAAGACCCCACAGCUAGUGAGCGCUGCUGUCAGCUUCUCAAGGCCGCGUCUUGCCACGUUCUGGUACUACGCCCGAGUUGAACUCGCCCCACCAACUCCAGCGGAGAUCCCAAAAGCCAUUGAGAGCAUGAAGGGACUGGUGAAAUCAUUCCAGAGCGGCCGUUUGUCUGAGCUCACCGUCCGGGAUGCCUUGAGGAACGGUUUAGUGGCCACUGAGGUCCUUAUGUGGUUUUACAUCGGAGAGUGCAUUGGGAAGGGAGGUCUGGUGGGGUACAACGUCUAAGACAUUUACCGAUUUCCCUCAUAUGUGAGGCUGUAUAUUUUGAAGCGAAACCCAUGGACUCAAAUAAACAGAAGAGUGACAUAA